CUGAAGCUUCGCCGUCUACGGGGAGUGCGGGGGGUCGUAAGGCCGAGAAAGAGAGAGAGAGAGAAGUAAGGCUCGCGUCGGAGGCUAAAACACACGCAGAAUGCGUUUCACGGCCGUUGCAGUGCGCGGCCUAUCUCCCUCGAUGCCUUAAUUCCGACCGGCGACAAGAGAAUGUUGAUUUGUGUCGACGCCGGCAUUUCUCCCGAAUAAUAAUCCGAAACCAUAGGCGAGAGAGGGGAGACUGCCAUGCCUCACGUGGGCACGGCCAGCGGCGGAGAUGACCUGGCCUCCUCGGAUGAAAUCAAAGUGUUCAAGGAUGAAGGAGAUGAGGAGGAGAACAGAUCGUCCGAAAAUCUCACGGACCUCAAAUCUAGUCUUAUUACUGAGGGAGAAGAGGAAAAAAGUUCCGAGGUUCCAUGUCCAAGUGAUUAUGGCUCCCCGAAAAACUCGGAUUUAUGUCGACCAGACAGUGCUUCGCAUUCCGGAAAAUCAUUCGAACUACUCUCACCACAUACUGGGCCAAUCGGCUAUGUCGUAUCUCCAUACCCUCAUCCUCAUAAUGGGUCACUUGGUCCAGUUUCUAUGGCUGGAAAGGUCCCGAUGGUUCCUCCACCCCAUUCAGGUUCUCCGUUGCCCUUCAUGAUGUACAAUGGGGAACCUUUCGCACAACCUCCUCCCGCUCACAUGGGGAUCCCUCCAGUCGCCAUCGAUCCCAAAACAGGUAUUCCGAGGCCGCCUGUAUAUCACUUAGGGCCUCCAAGCCAGUAUCCUCCUGUAUUUGGGCCUGAGUUUCCUCAUCAACUACAAUGGCACACACCUGCGCUGUAUCCGACGACUUCGGCUGGUUUCCGGAGCGCGUAUACGGCCGCCCUCCCCGUCACCUCUGCCAGUCUGCCGAGGUUCAGCCCACAGACGCUCAUCUCCCCUUAUCCCGGCAUCUCUCAUCCAGCGCUCAUCACGACAGGACCAAAGCAAGAACUGCACAUGCACAACACCAACCAUCACAGAUCACUGCCAGAGUACUCUAACGAUCAGAAGUGUAACUCUAAACCGGCGACGACUGUCAGCAGUCACAAUCCGACUUCUCAGAAUUCCGACAAGAAAGUGCACAUCAAGAAGCCCCUGAAUGCUUUCAUGUUGUACAUGAAAGAGAUGAGGGCUAAAGUAGUGGCGGAGUGUACCUUGAAAGAAAGUGCAGCCAUCAACCAAAUACUGGGCAGGAGGUGGCACAGUCUUUCUCGGGAAGAACAAGCCAAAUACUACGAAAUGGCUCGAAAGGAGCGUCAACUGCACAUGCAAUUAUACCCGGGGUGGAGUGCACGUGACAAUUACGCUCUUCAAGUCAAAAAGAAGAAACGGAAAAAGGACAGGAGCCAGGACGGAGACGGCAACAGUCUCAAGAAAUGCAGAGCCAGGUUUGGUCUAGACCAGCAGAGCAGUUGGUGUAAACCUUGCAGGCGGAAAAAGAAGUGCAUCCGGUACCUCGACGGCAACGACACGGCAGCCGAGAGCGAGGACAACAUGGGCAGCGCCGGGAGCGUGGAGGCCCCCACGCCGGACUCGAACAAGACGGACCCGGACACGGACAGCCGGGACGCGAGCGCCCUCUCGCCCCCGAGCCCCUGCAGGGCGGAGUGCGAGACCAAGCCCCGGCUGGACAGCGAGGGCGCGGUCGUCCGGACGCCGCCCCCGCCUAGGGCGGCCUACCACCUCUACCACCACCACCCGCUCAGCGUCCACCACCUCAUCCAGCCGCAUUUCGUGGCCGGACGGACUGACCACCACCACCACCACCACCCCGUUGCGCGCUUCGUCCAGAGCGCGGCCGACGGGCAGCAGCAGCCUCUGCUCACCGUCACAUAGACUGGACUCGAGUUUUUCCAAGGACAAGUGCUUGGAGAUCACAAUUGCUCACGAAUCGUCAGUUGGUGUUAUGUGAUAUGAGUUUUUAUGUUUCCUCAACGAAGUUGUGCCCUUUUAUUACUAACUAGCUGCGUUGCCCGGUCUACCUUGAAAAUACAAAUUGUGUAAAGUGACAUAUAUUCAGCGAUCAGGCUUAAAUAAAUAAAAAAAAAUCAUGUAAAAUUUCCCUUCCAAACAAUGACGACAGAUAUUAAAAUACUUUUAAGAAAUUAAAUCGAGAAGGAUGGGUUUAAAAAGCGUAACAAUGGAAAUACAAAAUAAAAUAAGUUUAAGGAAUUAAAAUGCGAAAGAAAAUGGUUAACAAUUUAAAUGGAAAUGAGAUUUUUUGGACUUGAUUUAAAAAGGCUUGUAACUUUUUUUCCUUUUGAGAUAGAAACUUAGUUUUCUACCAAAAGUCGAGAUAGAUCUGGAGUAAAAAAUGUCGCUUUUUCCAAUGGUGUCAAAAAGAAAACUGUGGGACAAUUCCUUCACUUUUUAUUGAUAGAUUUAAUGAAGAAAGUAGUGCCUAUAUUUCAGCUAAGCCUAAACAAAUUCGAGCUACGAAACAAACUCCCGCUGUAAAUAGGUUAGAGCAUUGAAACAAAUUGAGUAGAAUGCAGGAAAUUCUACCCUUUCCAGCGAUAUAUAAUAACGUAUGCGCAAGUAAUUUUUCACCCCCAUAUUCAGGAAUUUAUGUGAAAAUUGGCCCUAAAUAAGAACAAAAAAAGAACUAUUCAUCGAAUUGUUUUCGAACUGGUCUGCAAACCUUUUCAGGACUUAAAGAAACAAAUUGUGAAAAUUUCAGCGAAAUCAGCAGGGUAAUUCUCGAGUUUUGCAAGUUUAAACACACAGACGCUUUUAGGAGACUUUAUUUUAUACUAUGUAAAGACUAUAAUUAAAAAAAAAAUACUGGAUUUAAAGUACUGAGUUU